AUGUCGAUGGAAGUGCGUGAGUCUCGAAAGUGCCUUGAAGACAUCAGUGGAACUCUACGAUUCAAGUAUUCAAUGCUCCUUCUCCGAAACGACGACAACGAAUUCUUCUCGGCGCGAUCAUCCGAUCCACACCCAGCAUCUACUGUUCAACUGUGUGAAUUGGAAGAUGUAAGGCGUAUAGCGCCAUUGCCUUUUUGCCCACCGGAAGUGAUUGUCGCUCCAGAAACACUUGCGAACAUGGACGACACUUAUGUCAAAAGACCAGACCUACUCCGGUUGGCUACAGCCAACGAUUCGCAGGCCUAUCUUCUAGAGGAAGUCAGAGUCUGCGAAAUAAUCAAACGGCACCCACAUCCGAAUCUUGCAGAGUACCGCGGCUGCGUGCUGUCGGAAGGUCGAAUCAUCGGCAUUUGUUUCAAACGCUACAGAGAAACAUUGAUGGGAAAAGUCAACCCUGGCCACCUCAACAAAGCCAUGCUCAUCGAAGCGCCUGAAAGAGCUGCAGUCCGGGAGGAAGCGACUCGUUAUCUCCCCAACAUACGAGCUGGCCUUCAACACCUACAUUCCUUGGGCAUUAUCCACAACGACCUCAACCCAAUGAAUGUAAUGAUCGAUGAAAACGAUAACCCAGUUAUCAUAGACUUUGACAGCUGUCGAGUUGUUGGUGCACCGCUGCAAGAUGUAAAGCGCACAUAUGGAUGGUACAAUCAAGACGUUGGUGUUUCUAGUGAGAGCAAUGAUACCGAAGCCCUUAAAGAGAUACAGGUCUUCCUCGCUGGAUCCUCGCCAGGGGACUUAAUCUUCUCGAUAUAG